GAGCAGCGAGAUGCUGGGCUCCAGCCCAGAGGGAGGGGGGAGGAGGAAGGGGAGUGGUGCUGAUGCUGAUGCAGUGUGGAAGAGAAGAGCGCAGAGCAACGUGCAGUACGAUGCGGGGGUUUCUCAACUCCGCGGCACUCGUCUCUUCUGAAGGAUAGGCUUUACCUUUACCUAUCUCUUUGUAAAUUAUAUUUUUGUAGGAUUUUUAUCAUUGUUUCAUCCAAUAAUUUUCAUUCUGAUCGGAAUCUGUCUCAACUAAAUGCCCGUGGCGUAGCGAAAUAGGGGCACUUUGAGUGAAGGACGCGUUGGUUUACUUACAAUCAUUCAACAGAUAAAAACCAUCCGCGGAUCAAAGUUGAUCUGGAUAUCUGCUUGCCUGGAUAGAACGCAACCAUGGCGGAUGCUGCAGCCGAAUACGGCGUGAAAGUAAUGUGCCGAUUCAGGCCACUAAAUGAAUCCGAAAUAACAAGAGGAGACAAAUACAUCCCCAAAUUCAAAGAAGACGACACCGUGAUUAUAACUGGUAAACCGUAUGUCUUUGACCGCGUCCUGCCUCCCAAUACAGCCCAGGAGCAGGUCUACGAUGCCUGUGCAAAACAGAUUGUUAAAGACGUCCUUGGAGGAUACAAUGGAACCAUCUUUGCCUAUGGACAGACCUCCUCGGGGAAGACCCACACCAUGGAGGGCAAGCUCCACGACCCCCAGCUGAUGGGCAUCAUCCCACGCAUCGCUCACGACAUCUUCGAUCACAUCUACUCCAUGGACGAGAACCUCGAGUUCCACAUCAAGGUCUCGUAUUUUGAGAUCUACCUGGACAAGAUCCGAGACUUACUAGAUGUGUCGAAGACCAACCUGGCUGUGCAUGAGGACAAGAACAGAGUUCCCUAUGUCAAGGGUUGUACAGAACGCUUUGUGUCCAGUCCAGAGGAAGUCAUGGAUGUCAUCGAUGAGGGAAAGGCCAACCGGCACGUGGCUGUGACAAACAUGAAUGAGCACAGUUCCAGAAGCCACAGCAUCUUCCUGAUCAACAUCAAACAAGAGAAUGUGGAAACAGAGAAGAAACUGUCAGGGAAGUUAUACCUGGUGGAUCUGGCUGGGAGUGAGAAGGUCAGUAAGACAGGUGCUGAAGGAGCCGUGUUGGACGAAGCUAAAAAUAUCAAUAAGUCCCUCUCUGCUCUGGGGAAUGUCAUCUCUGCUCUGGCUGAGGGGACAAAAACCCACGUCCCGUACAGGGACAGCAAGAUGACCCGUAUCCUGCAGGACUCUCUAGGGGGGAACUGUAGGACCACCAUCAUCAUCUGUGCAUCUCCCUCCAUCUACAACGAGUGUGAGACCAAGUCUACCCUCAUGUUCGGACAGAGAGCCAAGACCAUCAAGAACACCGUGUCUGUGAACCUGGAGCUGACUGCUGAGGAGUGGAAGAACAAGUACAACAAGGAGAAAGACAAGAACAAGAGUCUGAAGAACGUUAUCCACAGGCUGGAGAUGGAACUCAACCGCUGGAGGAACGGUGAGAACGUCCCUGAGGAGGAGCAGCUGAGUGCUAAGGAGCAGAAGCACCUGGAGCCGUGUGACAACACUCCCAUCAUAGAUAACAUGGCUCCAGCUAACGGACUGGUUCUGGUCUCCACCGAGGAGAAGAGCAAGUACGAGGAGGACAUCAGCAAUCUGUACAAACAACUGGACGACAAGGAUGAUGAGAUCAACCAGCAGAGCCAGCUGGCUGAGAAACUCAAGGAACAGAUGUUAGACCAGGAUGAGCUGCUGGCGUCGACGAGAAGGGACUAUGAGAAGAUCCAUGAGGAUCUGUCUCGUCUGCAGACGGAGAACGAGGCUGCCAAGGAGGAGGUGAAGGAGGUGCUGCAGGCGUUGGAGGAGCUGGCUGUGAACUACGACCAGAAGAGCCAGGAGGUGGAGGACAGGAGCCAGGCCAACCAACAGCUGCAGGAGGAGCUGCAGCAGAGGACUACGGUCCUGUUGUCAGUUCAGAUGGAGCUGACCACGCUCCAGGAGCUCAGUGGACACCAGAAGAAGAGAGCUGCAGAGAUCCUCCACCUGCUGCUCAGAGACCUCAGUGAGAUAGGAGCCUCCAUGGGCACCAGUGACAUCAAGGUGUCAGAGUUGGGUGGAGUGAUUGAGGAAGAGUUCACCAUGACCCGUCUCUACAUCAGUAAGAUGAGGUCAGAGGUCAAGUCUCUGGUGAACCGCUCCAAGCAGCUGGAAAGCUCCCAGGGUGACACGUCACGCAAGAUGGCCGCCAACGAGAAGGAGCUGGCUUCCUGUCAGCUGCUCAUCUCCCAGCACCAGGCCAAGAUCAAGUCCCUGACAGACUACAUGCAGAACAUGGAACAGAAGAAGAGACAGCUGGAGGAGAGUCAGGACGCUCUGACUGAGGAGCUGGCCAAGAUGCACGCUCAGGAGAAAAUGCACGAGGUGUCAGUGGUGGACACGGAGAAGGAGCACGUCAGUAGACUGGAGGGGGUGGAGGAGGUUAAGAAGACUCUAGAACAGCAGAUGGAGGCUCACAGAGAGGCCCACCAGAAGCAGCUGGCCCGACUCAGGGAUGAGAUCGAUGACAAACAGAGGAUGCUGGAUGAACUCACAGAUCUGAACCAGGGCCUGAUGCUGGAGCAGAGGAGGCUGAUGUCUGACCAUGAGAAGCUGAAGGUGGAGGAACAGGAGAAGGACAUGAAGCUCCAGAAGCUGGUCAUCUUCAACGAGCAGAGAGAGCAGGCCAGACAGGACCUCAAGGGACUGGAGGAGACUGUGGCCAAAGAGCUGCAGACUCUUCAUAACCUACGCAGGCUCUUUGUUCAAGACCUCACAACACGCGUCAAGAAGAGUGCAGAGCUGGACUGUGAGGAUGGAGUGGGCAGCGCCGCCCAGAAACAGAAGAUCUCCUUCCUGGAGAAUAACCUGGAGCAACUCACUAAAGUCCACAAGCAGUUGGUGCGUGACAACGCGGACCUGCGCUGCGAGCUUCCCAAGCUGGAGAAGCGUCUGCGGGCCACGGCCGAGCGGGUCAAGGCCCUGGAGAAUGCCCUGAAGGAUGCCAAGGAGAACGCUAUGAGGGACAGGAAACGCUACCAGCUAGAGGUGGACCGCAUCAAGGAGGUCGUCAGGGCCAAGAACAUGGCCAGGAGAGGAAACUCCGCUCAGAUCGCUAAGCCCAUCCGGCCAGGCCAACACCCCCUGUCUUCCCCUACAGUCAUCAGAGGAGGAGGCCUCUACAGCCACAGCUACAACCUCAGCACCAAGUAACCAUGUAGAAUCUAGACCCUGAGUCACGAGUGCAUGUGUGGUAGGUACAGACUGUCCCAUUCCCAGUAAGACCCCUCUGCCCUCAUCCUCCUGUCCUUCCCCUGGGUCUAGGAGUAAGACCCCUCUGUCCUCAUCCUCCUGUCCUGUCCUUCCUCUGGGUCUAGGAGUAAGACCCCUCUGCCCUCAUCAUCUUGUCCUUCCUCUGGGUCUAGGAGUAAGACCCCUCUGCCCUCAUCCUCCAGUCCUUCCUCUGGGUCUAGGAGUAAGACCCCUCUGCCCUCAUCCUCCUAUCCUUCCUCUGGGUCUAGGAGUAAGACCCCUCUGCCCUCAUCCUCCUAUCCUUCCCCUGGGUCUAGGAGUAAGACCCCUCUGUCCUCAGCCUCCUAUCCUUCCUCUGGGUCUAGGAGUAAGACCCCUCUGCCCUCAUCCUCCUAUCCUUCCCCUGGGUCUAGGAGUAAGACCCCUCUGCCCUCAUCCUCCUAUCCUUCCUCUGGGUCUAGGAGUAAGACCCCUCUGCCCUCAUCCUCCUAUCCUUCCCCUGGGUCUAGGAGUAAGACCCCUCUGCCCUCAUCCUCCUAUCCUUCCUCUGGGUCUAGGAGUAAGACCCCUCUGCCCUCAUCCUCCUGUCCUUCCCCUGGGUCUAGGAGUAAGACCCCUCUGCCCUCAGCCUCCUGUCCUUCCUCUGGGUCUAGGAGUAAGACCCCUCUGUCCUCAGCCUCCUAUCCUUCCCCUGGGUCUAGGAGUAAGACCCCUCUGCCCUCAUCCUCCUAUCCUUCCUCUGGGUCUAGGAGUAAGACCUCUCUGCCCUCAGCCUCCUGUCCUUCCCCUGGGUCUAGGAGUAAGACCCCUCUGCCCUCAUCCUCCUAUCCUUCCUCUGGGUCUAGGAGUAAGACCCCUCUGCCCUCAUCCUCCUGUCCUUCCCCUGGGUCUAGGAGUAAGACCCCUCUGCCCUCAGCCUCCUGUCCUUCCUCUGGGUCUAGGAGUAAGACCCCUCUGUCCUCAGCCUCCUAUCCUUCCCCUGGGUCUAGGAGUAAGACCCCUCUGCCCUCAUCCUCCUAUCCUUCCUCUGGGUCUAGGAGUAAGACCUCUCUGCCCUCAGCCUCCUGUCCUUCCCCUGGGUCUAGGAGUAAGACCCCUCUGCCCUCAUCCUCCUAUCCUUCCUCUGGGUCUAGGAGUAAGACCCCUCUGCCCUCAUCCUCCUGUCCUUCCCCUGGGUCUAGGAGUAAGACCCCUCUGCCCUCAGCCUCCUGUCCUUCCUCUGGGUCUAGGAGUAAGACCCCUCUGCCCUCAUCCUCCUGUCCUUCCCCUGGGUCUAGGAGUAAGACCCGUCUGCCCCCUUCCACUCUACUCUGUGGCAUCUUUCAUAGUUUUCGCAUAUUGUAUGUCUCUCUCUUUUCCAUUGUACAUGUACAUAUAUAUUUCAUUGUAGUGUUGUCUUGGAGGGGAAGAUGUGUGCUGAUAGAUGGUUACAUGUAUAUUACAGAGGGUGAUAUGCCAUCACUAAGAACCACAUUGUAUAGCAUAUGACAGUCACAGUAAUGUAAACAUGAUCUUUACUUGUUGUUGAAGAAUCCUUUGCUUUUCCGACUGCAUUAGGAAUGUAUGAUAGUUCACCUAAAGAAGUUCAAAGUUCAGACUGGAAUGAUCGCCCACCUGCACUGUGUUUUGCACCAUAUUCAUUCAGUUUGAAUGUAAUGUUUUAAUUCACUUACAAAACAAGCUGUGCUCUAUUUAAGCAAUAAGGCCCGAGGGGGUGUGGUAUAGGGCCAAUAUACCACGGCUAAGGGCUGUUCUAAGGCACGACGCAACACAGAGUGCCUGGACACAGCCCUUAGCCGUGGUAUAUUGGCCCUAUACCACAAACCCCCGAGGUGCCUUAUUGAUAUUAUAAACUGGUUACCAACGUAAUUAGAGCAGUAAAAAUAAAUGUUUUGUCAUACCCGUGGUAUACGGCUGUCAGCCAAUCAGCAUUCAGGGCUCGAACCACCCAGUUUUUUAUUUCAAUUAUGCAACUGAUUGUAAUGACCACUGCGUUGAGACCCAAAAAAUGUCCCAAUUUUACCAAGAGCCUCAAAUUGUGAGGUAGGUUUCAAUAUCCACCGUUAGAGGGCAGUGUUUGACAGCUUAGUGCACUGCACUGUAUCCAUACUAGGCUAAUGCAGUGAUGCUGAUCAGCCAAUCAGAGAUGUUCAUGCAGUGAUCCUGGGGAACAGUGCCAUACACUCUAUAUCCAAAACACUAACAGAAAGAGAAAUUGUUUAAAAAAAAAAUGUAAUGUAAGCUUUCUACUUACAAUGUGGCUCCAAUUGUUUUAGUUAUUUAUCACCGAACUUGCCUCUCACCACUUGCCAAACUGUCAUUGUAAAUAAACAUGUCUUGGUAACUGA